AUGAGCUUGCCUCUUACUUCCGCGGGCAAUGGAGGGGCUCACACGCAGCAUUCUCUCCCUCAAUUGCCCGCACACUCCCAGUCCGACACGCAGAUAACGGCCCAUCUCGCCAGUCGAUUCCAUCUGCAACUCCAAGCCACCUAUCUUUCAUCCCAUGGAGUGGUCGCUGUUAACACCUUUACAUCCUCGACGAAAGGGCCAGAUGGAGGCCGAGAUGGCAGCUCCAUGGCUGCUGCCGAAGACGUGGCCGAGCGUGCAUAUCUGCGCCUUGGCCAUCGAUCUGAAAACCAGGCCGUAGUGUUUCUGGGAGAAUCUGGCUCCGGAAAGUCAACGCUGCGAAACCAUUUCGUCACGGCCCUUCUCAAGAAAUCAUCCACUCCUUUGUCGACUAAACUCUCGCUUGCUGCGUACGUAUUCGACGCACUAACCACCACAAAGACCGCAACGACUCCAACUGCCUCUCGGGCUGGUCUGUUCUACGAGCUUCAAUACGACACUUCUGCGUCUACAAACCCUACUCUCAUCGGUGGUAAAGUCCUUGAUCAUCGCUUGGAAAGAAGCAGAAUCACCGACGUCCCCACCGGCGAGCGUAACUUUCACGUCCUCUACUAUCUCGUAGCUGGAACAAGCGAGGCCGAGAAGGAUCAUUUGGGAUUUGAAAAUGACAGCAGCAAGAGAUGGAAGUUUCUUGGACACCCAACGCAGCUUAAGGUGGGCAUUAACGACGCCGAAGGCUUUCAGCUCUUCAAGACCGCCAUGAGGAAGCUGGAGUUCCCCAAGAAUGAUAUUGCCGAGAUUUGCCAAAUUCUUGCUACUGUUCUGCAUAUCGGCCAGCUGGAGUUUGAGACUUCCAGCAGCACCAGCGCAACUGGUGAUGACAGCGGUGGCUUCUCUCACGAGGGAGGCACCACUUUCACCGCUGUUAAGAACAAGGAUGUCUUGGCCAUCAUCGCCGCCUUCCUUGGUAUCAGCGCCUCUGAUCUCCAAACCACCUUGGGCUAUAAGACCAAGAUGAUUCACAAGGAGCGCGUUACCGUCAUGCUCGAUCCUAACGGUGCUCGUGCCCACGCCAAUGAGUUGGCCAGGACUCUUUACUCGCUCUUGGUCACCUGGAUCGUCGAAAACAUGAACCAGCGUCUCUGCGCCCCCGAAGAGAGCAUUGCCAACACAAUCUCUAUUGUUGAUUUCCCCGGUUUCGCUGCGGCAGCUUCUACUGGAUCUGCCUUGGAUCAACUCCUCGCCAAUGCUGCCAACGAGGCCAUCUACAACAUGACUCUUCACAACUUCUUUGACCGCAAGGCCGAGAUGUUUGAGACGGAGGAAGUCACUGUGUCUGCCACGAGCUAUUUCGACAACAGCGAUGCUGUCAAGGGUCUCCUGAAGCCUGGCAAUGGCCUUCUGAGCAUUCUUGAUGACCAGACUCGCCGUAACAGGACGGAUAUGCAGCUUCUUGAGAGUCUGCGGAAGCGGUUCGAAGGAAAGAAUCCCGCCAUCGAGGUCGGCUCUGCUACCGCCAAGCUGCCAGGUAGCAACUUCCAUACUGAAAACUUGUCUGCGAGCUUUACCGUCAAGCAUUUCGCCGGAGAAGUCGAGUAUCCAGUCAAGGGCUUGAUCGAGGAAAACGGCGAGAUCAUCUCUGGAGAUCUCAUGAACAUGAUGAACAGCACAAAAUCAGACUUUGUGGCCAAGCUCUUUGGCCAGGAAGCUCUGCAAACUGUCACUCACCCCCAGGAGCGGACAACUGUGAUGCAGGCUACGAUCAGCUCAAAGCCUAUGCGCGCGCCGAGCGUCAUGACCAGCGACUCGCGUGAAGCCAAGCGAGGAGGCGCCAGGGGAUCAUCGGAACAGGGUGCCUCUGGUCAAUUCCUUUCAUCUCUCGAUAACGUGCAGAAAGCCGUCACUGAUCCAAACACCAAUGCUUACUUCUUCUUCUGUAUUAAGCCCAAUGACCGCCGCAUUGCCAAUCAAUUCGACAGUAAGUGUGUGCGAACGCAGAUCCAGACAUUUGGUAUUGCCGAAAUCAGCCAGCGCCUGCGUUCGGCUGAUUUCAGCUUGUUUGUGCCCUUUGGUGAGUUUUUGGGCAUGGCCAAUAGCGAGGCUCUGCUUGUGGGAAGCGAGCGUGAGCGGGCAGAGGCUGCAAUCGAUGAGAGGCAAUGGCCCCGUAACGAAGUUUCGGUUGGUGCCACUGGUGUCUUCUUGAGCGAGCGUUGCUGGCUUGAAAUCGCCCAGCUGUCCUUCUCCAGUUCGGCUUCUGGCCGCGGUGCCAUGUCCGCGUUUGAUAGUGAAGGUGGAGAUGGCCUCACCCCUGGCGACCAUCAUGCUUUUGGUGCCUCCAAGGAACGUCUCUUGUCUGCAGGACACACUCCUAUGGGCUAUGGUGAAAAAGGAAGAAGUGGUUACUUUGUGGCUGAUGAUGCUCGCUCUGAAGCGGGUGCCUCGGCGUUUGGUGCGGGAGACAUGUUCAAAAACCUCGAUAACCGCGAGCAGUUGGCCGAGCGAGGCAAUGAAAAGGCCUUGGUUGAAGUUGAAGAGUACAAGGACAGCGCAAGCCGCAAGCGCUGGCUGUUCAUUGUGUACGCUCUCACUUGGUUUGUUCCUGAUUUUCUCAUUCGGCUGAUUGGUCGGAUGCCCCGAAAAGAUGUGCGCAUCGCAUGGCGUGAGAAGCUUGCCAUCAACUUUCUCAUUUGGUUCUUCUGCUUGGUUGCUGCCUUCUUCAUCGUGGUCUUCCCCAUGGUCAUUUGUCCCACCCAGCAUGUCUACAGCGCUCAAGAGUUAUCUUCAUUCAAUGGCAAAGCGCACAGUGAGGGUGCCUACGUUUCUAUCCGUGGUAUCGUCAUCGACUUGGGAGCCUUCAUCCCCUCCCAUUACCCUUCAUACUUGAAGCAGCAGAGUCUUCUCAACUAUGCCGGCAAGGACAUCACCAGCCUCUUCCCUGUCCAGGUGUCCGCACUCUGUGACGGCGUGGACGGCUCAAUCAACCCGGCCGUGACUCUGGAUUACAAGUCGACCAACUUGACCGGAUCCCCGGCCCUUCUCAGCCUUACGGACCAGAACUACAAGUACCACGACUUUCGAUACUUCACCAAUGACAGUCGGCCCGACUGGUUUUACGAGCAGAUGGUCUAUCUGAAGUCCAACUUCAAGAAGGGCAACAUUGGCUAUACCGCCAAAUAUGUGAAAUCGCUCGGCAAGCAGUCGCAAAACAUUGCAAUUUUGGAAGGCAAAGUUUACGACAUGACGACUUAUCUUGCUGGUGGCCGCCAUCUGAAGGCUCCUCCUGGAGAAAAAGUUCCAACUAACAAUUCACUCACUGACUUCAUGGACCCGUCUAUCGUGUCGCUUUUCCAACUCAACCCUGGUCAGGACAUCACCAAGUACUGGGAAAACUCACUCAGGUUGGAUGCUACCGGCAAAACCCGUAUGAAGCGUUGCCUGGACAACUUGUUUUAUGUUGCCGAUGUCGAUACCAGAAACUCUGUCAAGUGCCAAUUUGCCGAGUAUCUUAUUCUCGCCAUCUCAAUUCUGCUUUGCUCAGUCAUCGGAUUUAAGUUUCUCGCUGCUCUGCAAUUUGGUGGUAAAAAUGCCCCUGAAGACCUUGACAAAUUUAUCAUGUGCCAGAUUCCCGCCUACACUGAGGACGAGGAAUCUCUGCGCCGUGCCAUUGAUUCUGCCGCUCGAAUGAGGUAUGAUGACAAGCGCAAGUUACUGGUUAUCGUGUGCGACGGCAUGAUCAUCGGUCAAGGCAACGACAGGCCAACGCCGAGAAUUGUUUUGGACAUUCUCGGCGUGUCUGAAUCUGUCGACCCCGAACCGCUAAGCUUUGAGUCGCUCGGCGAAGGUAUGAAGCAGCACAACAUGGGCAAGGUUUACUCCGGUCUCUACGAGGUCCAAGGCCACAUUGUUCCCUUCUUGGUCAUUGUCAAGAUUGGCAAGCCCUCUGAGGUCUCUCGUCCUGGCAACCGUGGUAAGCGAGACUCUCAAAUGGUCGUCAUGCGAUUCCUUAACCGCGUGCACUACAACUUGCCCAUGAGCCCGAUGGAGCUUGAAAUGUACCACCAGAUCAGGAACAUCAUUGGUGUCAAUCCCGCCUUUUACGAAUUCAUGUUCCAAAUCGACGCCGAUACCGUUGUUGCCCAGGACUCCGCCACUCGUAUGGUUGCGGCGCUUAUCAACGACACAAGCAUUAUUGCUGUGUGCGGUGAGACUGCUCUGACCAACGCCAAGGGCUCGUUCAUCACCAUGAUUCAGGUUUACGAGUACUACAUCUCCCACAAUCUGUCAAAGGCCUUUGAGAGUUUGUUCGGCUCCGUCACUUGUCUGCCCGGUUGUUUCUCCAUGUAUCGUAUCCGUGCUGCGGAGACUGGCAAGCCACUCUUCGUGAGCAAGGAAGUCGUUGACGCGUAUUCCACUAUCCGUGUCGAUACGCUGCACAUGAAGAACCUGCUCCACCUGGGUGAAGAUCGUUUCCUGACCACUUUGCUGAUGAAAUUCCACUCCAAAUACAAGACCAAGUAUAUCUUCACCGCUCACGCAUGGACUAUUGCUCCCGACUCUUGGAGCGUCUUCCUUUCUCAGCGACGUCGUUGGAUUAACUCCACUGUGCACAAUCUGAUUGAGCUUAUUCCCCUUUCCCAGCUCUGCGGUUUCUGCUGCUUCAGUAUGCGCUUUGUCGUCUUUGUCGACUUGCUCAGUACCGUUGUCCAGCCUGUGACCGUGGCUUAUAUCAUUUACCUGAUUGUGCGAGUGGUGCAGAAUCCCAACGUCGUCCCCGUCACCGCGUUUAUUCUUCUCGGUGCCAUUUAUGGUCUGCAGGCCAUCAUUUUUAUCCUUCGCCGCAAUUUUGGUCUGCCGCUGUACGCUUUCUGGAACAUGGACGACUUUGCAUGGGGUAAUACCCGUGUUGUUGCCGGUGAAAACGGCAAGAAGGUCCUCAUCUCUGAUGAAGGCAAAUUCGAUCCCUCAUCUAUUCCGAAGAAGAAGUGGGAGGAGUAUCAGGCCGAGCUCUGGGAGUCGCAGACUUCUAGGGAUGACACUCGCUCUGAGAUCUCUGGCUUCAGCUACGGAACUAAGGCUCACGGCGCCAUGUCAGAGUAUGCUUAUCCCAGCCGGCCCGCCUCCACAACGGGCUUCAUCCAGGCCGCGACUCACGCUCAGCCAUAUGAAACCCGCAACAUGUCCCGCAUGUCGAUGGCUCCUUCUGAGAUGAACCGUAUGAGCCACGAUGAUGCCAUCUUGGCGGAAAUUCGAGAGAUUUUGAAGACGGCAGAUUUGAUGACGGUCACCAAGAAGGGCGUGAAGCAGGAAUUGGAACGCCGUUUCGACGUUCCCCUUGAUGCCAAGAGAGCCUAUAUUAAUAGUGCUACUGAGGCUCUCCUCUCUGGUCAGCUAUAA